GCCGGGGCCGCGGAACGUCUUCUUCCUCGCGCAGAGGCCCUACCUCUUCGAGGGGACCCUGCGGGAGCAGGUUGCGUACCCGGAGUGGAGCGACACGAUGCUCGACGAGCUGACCGACGACCUCAUGGAGAGUUUCUUCCAGGAGGCCAACUUGUCCGACGCUUGGGGCGCGCACAGGGAGAAGCUCGACGACGCCGGCAUCUCGUGGGCCGACGUGCUGAGCCUUGGGGAGCAGCAGCGCCUGCAGUUCUGCCGGCUCUUCUACCACCACGAGUGGGUGAGGACGAAGCACGGCGACGGCACCCAGGGCUUUUUCGCGAUCCUCGAUGAGUCGUCGGCGUCCAUGGACACCACGUCGGAGGACACCGUGUACCGGGCGUGCUGCAACCGGGGCAUGGGCAUACUGAGCGUGGCGCACCGCCCCACCGUCAUCCAGUUCCACACCAAGGUGUUGCAUUGGGAGUUCGACGACAAGCACGAGUUGCGCUACCGCGUGCGAGAAGCCAAGUCGAUGGCGCAGGAGACACGGCAGGCCUCCUCAUCAAGCACCUGCGGCCCGACCACGGCGGUGGCGCCGUCACGGUCGUUCAGGACGCCCUGGAGGAGGACUCCGACGAGGAGUGCCAGGAGGACCCCGGACUUGCUGAUUCAGGCACAGCUCCAAGCACACCCUCGCAGGAGGGUCGUCGGACCUGAGCCCCCCGAGGGGGCCGCCGGACCUCGUCGGCCUCCUGCCCUCGCGGGGCUCGGAGAGCGCCUCCUCCUCCCGCGCGGGCGCCUCGGCGGACCUCGCCUCCCUGGGCGCGGCGCCGCCCGGGGCCGCGCGCCUGCAGAGGAGGUCCCGCUCCCCGCCCGGCGGGGCCCUGCAGCUCCCGCCCGCGGCGCUGGCCGGGUGGCCGCCCUCGGAGGCCAGCCCCCAGGCGGCCGACGGCCUCCUGACGCCGCCGCGCCAGCCGCCCGGGGAGCUCCUCGACUUCGCCCCGCUGUAGCGAGCGCCACGGCCCCCCUGCGGGGCCGGCCGCGCGGCAGGGCCGCUGCUCCUGCCGCCAGACUUGUUGUUGGGGUGUUGCGCGCUGUGCCGGCGGGGUUCCCGCGGGCCAUGGCAGGCGGUCCUUCUUCGCUCAUCUCCGCUGGCGCGCCGCACAGAGCGCUGAGCGGAAGCGCUGGCAAGGGCCAGCGUCGGCUGCUGUGCGGAGGGCGCCACCCCUCCUCCCUCCCCGUGGACUUCUCCCCCGCGCGUGGGGCUGCGACGAGAGGGGCGGGGCGCCGGACUUUUCCCCAGCCGCGCCUUCGCUGCCUCGGUGCGGCGGGGGCCGCGGCGACGGCCGAGCCCCUCCUCGCGGUCCUCUGGCCGCGAGGCCAGGCCCACCCCAGCCGCCUCCCGCCGCGGCGUCGAACAGAGGCGCCGACGGGCGGGGCGGAGCGCGCCAACGCCGCGGAACGUCGGGCCGGCGCCGGCGGGCGCUGCCCGCCCGCCCCGUCCUGCACGCCACCGCCUGGCGAGAGGCCUCUCGCCGGCGACGAG